CUCGUGAAACCUUGAGAGAAACUGAAUGACAAAUGAAACUAUUGUUCCUGUUUCACACAGAAGAAAACUGAGGUUAAAAGGGUUCCUGUCCCAUGACCAGGGCCAGCUCACCAAGGAGCUGCAGCAGCACGUAAAGUCAGUGACAUGCCCAUGCGAGUACCUGAGGAAGGUUAUCAAUGAUCUGGCUGAGUAUCGUCAUCGUGAGAUUGACUUUGGUGGAAGUCCUUGGAUAAUUGGAAGUCCUUGGAUAAUUAACAUUAUUGAGUUUCCGAGACAUUACACAUUUACCAUUCUCUUCUGCACAAAUUACCUUUGUGUUAUCAAUGAUCUGGCUGAGUAUCGUCAUCGUGAGAUUGACUUUGGUGGAAGUCCUUGGAUAAUUGGAAGUCCUUGGAUAAUUAACAUUAUUGAGUUUCCGAGACAUUACACAUUUACCAUUCUCUUCUGCACAAAUUACCUUUGUGUUAUCAAUGAUCUGGCUGAGUAUCGUCAUCGUGAGAUUGACUUUGGUGGAAGUCCUUGGAUAAUUGGAAGUCCUUGGAUAAUUAACAUUAUUGAGUUUCCGAGACAUUACACAUUUACCAUUCUCUUCUGCACAAAUUACCUUUGUGUUAUCAAUGAUCUGGCUGAGUAUCGUCAUCGUGAGAUUGACUUUGGUGGAAGUCCUUGGAUAAUUGGAAGUCCUUGGAUAAUUAACAUUAUUGAGUUUCCGAGACAUUACACAUUUACCAUUCUCUUCUGCACAAAUUACCUUUGUGUUAUCAAUGAUCUGGCUGAGUAUCGUCAUCGUGAGAUUGACUUUGGUGGAAGUCCUUGGAUAAUUGGAAGUCCUUGGAUAAUUAACAUUAUUGAGUUUCUGAGACAUUACACAUUUACCAUUCUCUUCUGCACAAAUUACCUUUGUGUGUCUUUCCUGAAGACUAUCUUCCGGUCUCUAAAUGGACAUGAUGGAUCCACGGAUGUACAGCAGAGAGCCUGGAGGUCCAACCGCAGUAGACAGGAAGGUAUGGCUCUGUUGGAGUCCCCAUAG